UCUAUCACAAUAACCAUUAAUUUCGCGGAAGAUUUCUGACAGAUGGUCGUCGUCAGAGCUGACGGCGUAACGAGGAAUGAAUACAGGAACAUGGCGAAGGAUUUAAUGCAACUUGACUGGUCGUGUGCACUCUGCAAUCGUCCAGAUCCAGAGGAGCCAGCAGAUGAUUCCUUUAACAUCUCAACGGCAUUCCAGGUAACCGAAGCGACACAUGAGGAAUCCUUGCCACUUGAGACUUCAACUCUUGAUGAUGUGGAACCGGAAGAUCUGCCAACAUCUUACCAGGAGGUCAGCCAAGGUUCCAAGCGUGGAAACCGAAAGCUAGUUGAUAGCAGAGACAUAUAUACAGAGAGAUUAGUAACAUCGCUAUUUCCUCGUACACAUAGUGGCUCCCUUUAUUCGUGACCACUCAAGC